AUGGACUAUAUGGCUGUAAACGAUCAAAGCCAGCUCACUACGUGUCUCGAGCUGCCGUUCGAGCGGGAGAAACGCGAUGCGAUAUAUAAAUUGGCGCUAUUCCAGCUCAACAAUGCAAAUCCUUCGGCGGCAGACCCUACGAAGCCACGUCGCGAAAGGCACUUCUCCGCCGCAGAUCCAGGUUCAUGGUGGCCCAUAGGGCCUCAGUCAAUUUACUCGGUCCCGGAUAUAUAUCCAACGGUUCCAGGCACGCGUCCUGGUGGUGGGAGGUACCGCGGAUAUCACGUUAUGAUUCUAGAACCUAGCAUUUUCACCCGACACGGCCGCCGCAGGGUCGAAGAAGCAAAGGAACUGUUUUACGGUCGUGGUGUCGUACUUUUCAUACACGACGUAGAGACGAAUUUCAUAAACCACUGGGCAAUACAGAAUUCCCAAUUUAUUUACAAGUAUCUGAGAAUCGUAUAUGUCAGGGUGCUCGCCCAGGCCACUGCCAUCCCGGACAUCGGUGCAGAACACAUCGGCUCAAAAGGCAAUGGCUGUGCUGCUUGUGCCGCAGAACAAAGGCCGUACGAGUACCACGAUGUCCACUGGCAGCAACCUAUGUUCGAACUCAAUAUAGGUGACGCUCGUGGCCAGGAACUUUUUAUGCGCAGCUGUGUUCAGCUUGCGAGCAGCCAGUGCCAAGAGAUCCAGCGACAGGUCCAGAAGUGGCAACUACGCUCGGUGCCAGGCAGGACGACGCGGUUCGUCGGACAGUCUUUGUUGGCCGUCAUGGAGAUCCUAUGGAAGGUUCUUCAGCAGAUCAAUUCGGGGCCAGAGAAGAUAUACUAUUUCGUAGUGAAGACGCGGGAUGUCCAGCGUUUUGAACAGAGGGCAUUCAAGCCUUGGGAUUCGAGAACGUGUCCGAACGUGGUUGUCCUUACGAAUGGUUACGAGUGGCCUGUGGUAGAGUUAAGGGCUCGGGAGAAAGAGAGUCUGUGA